UUUUCGGCAGGUUUCUUUAUAAUUACAUACAUGUACGAUCAACGACGGUGUCAAUCUGUUUUCAUGGGAGUGCGGUGGACUGGGCUGGAGUUCUUGAUGUGUAGACGAGGCUGUAUAACCUCAGAUAGUGUCUUGUAGUUUCUAUUACAAUGGUUUCGAGAGCCCGAGUCCUCCUUUGACACGGUGCGAGUGAGCCUUUCUUUUGUUUUCCUUUUCCUCGUCAUCGAUGACUGACUCCUCCAAAAAAAAGUCGCCAUGUGUCGAAUCCCCUCAUUCCGCUCACAUUGCGAGGAGAGCUCAGACAACGCCAAUCCACCACCGCUCCCAGAAGAGCAUUUACCACAUCUUCCUUCUAUCCCAAGCUCUGGCGGGUCCACUAAUAAUGCAGUGUAUCCCACUCCCACACGCACCUUCUCUUCCUACACCCUUACCCUCCUCCCUCCUAUAUACACUUCACUCAACCAUAUCCCACCGCCCUCUACCAUGCCACCCGCCUCCCUAUCAGCCACCACAACCCGCCCCGAAGGCCCCCCGCCCCCCUGGUACGCCUCCGAAGCCACCACCCCGCGCUCCCCUUCUUCCGCAACGGCAGCCUCGCCUACUAAGCCCAGCUGCCAGGCGACCUGGCGAACUUGCUGCGCGCACAGCCGCGUUUGGCGGGGGCGGUGAAGCAGAUUGUGCUGCAGGGGGAGUCGGGGGUGUUGGGGUUUGGGAGGGUUUUGGACGUAGGGAGUGUGGGAUAGGGGGAGGAUGGGGCAUCGCGGAGGGUGUCGGUCUAGUUUGAACUGAGCUAGAGGAGCAUUUACCGUGUGCUAUUAGACUGGGGCUAUGUGGUGGGGAUGGAGAAUGGCAGCUGGGUUGGGGCUUGAAGGCCUCCGGGAGACACUCUUCGAUUUCUAUUGGAGUGGGUCUCCCUACGGUGAGCUAGAGAAACUGCUGGUAUCUCUUCAUGCGUCAUUGCCUUUUGAGAAUUUGUCAUUCAUUCUUUUUGAGUGCCAG